UCCACAAUUACAAGACCCGUGCAAGGAAAAACAGCAUGCCAGGAGAUAUGCAGAAGUUUGAACUCACCCUCCAGAGUGGGAGGAAAAUGCCCCCUGUCGGCUUAGGUACUCUUGCACCCGAUGAGGGAGAGGAGGAGGUUAUAAAAGCUGUCCGUGUUGCCAUCAAGGCCGGAUACCGCCAUAUUGAUUGUGCUGCCAUCUACAGGAAUGAGCGGGCUGUUGGCUCCGCUAUCAAAUCUGCCAUCAUAGAGGAUACAGUGAGACGAGAAGAUUUGUUCAUAUGCAGUAAGUUGUGGAACACGUGUCAUCGGCCGGAUCUGGUUCGUACCAGUCUGAGGAAGUCCCUGGAGGAUUUGGGGGUACAGUAUCUUGACCUCUACCUGAUGCAUUGGCCUAUGGCUUAUAAGGAAGGAGGGGAGUUUCACCCGUGGGAUGAAAAUGGUAAAAUCAUAUACUCUGAUGUUGAUUACGUGGAUACCUGGAAGGCUCUUGAAGACUGUGUGGAUGAAGGUCUAGUCAGAGAUAUUGGAAUGUCAAAUUUUAACAGCAAACAGUUACAGAGGAUAUUGGAUGUGGCCCGUAUUAAACCCAGCAAUAAUCAGCUAGAAAUCAAUGUGCACUUAUCAAAUGAGAAACUAAUAGAGUUCUGCAAGUCUGUAGGGGUUACAGUGACUGCAUUUGCUCCCCUGGGAAAUCUAUCUGUGAAGCGUGAUCAUACACCAAUAAUUGAGGAGCCGGUUGUUUUGGACAUCGCAAAAAAGAAAAACAAGACAGCAGCUCAGGUUGCUCUUCGGUAUUUGAUCCAGAAAGGUGUAGGUGUGGUACCCAAAAGUAAAACACCCAGUAGAAUUGUGGAAAAUUUCCAGAUAUUCGACUUCAGUUUGUCGGAUGAUGAAAUGAAGGCCCUCGCACAGCUUAACAGAAACAUCAGGGUAUAUGAUGAAUCUAUAGCCCUUGAGCACAAGUAUUAUCCAUUCAACGAGCCUUUCUGAUGCCUUCUGCUGAACUUUGCUCAAAGUGUUACACAGGACAGACUGGCUGGUCUUCGGCCCUCAGUUGUCAGAAAAUCAUGCCACUGCUGUUGCCUACUGCUUGCCUUGCCUUUGACUCAGUGAUAACAAUAAUGAUCCAACCAUGCUAUAAAUAUUGUGAGCUAUAGAAAAAGUUACCAAAAAGGGGAAUUUUCUGAAGGGGUGUUCCUAUGCUUUUCUAAUCAUUUUCAGCAUUUUCUGUCACUGUUAUAAUAAAUUUUAAAUUUCCAUGUACAGCAUUAUCUCAGACUUGUGGCUCCGUCUAACUGAAAAUCAAAUCGUAUGUAAUCACCUGACAACAAUCCUAAUUACUUGUACAUCUGUCAGCCAGUUUGUUCAGUGGCAUGUGUUUACCUAAGUGGACAGGAGCAUUACUACUGACUGAAUCAACUAACUUCUUUCUGUGGGAUUUUGAUUUGCAAAAAAGGAGAGUUCUUACAGA